GUACUCUGUACUCUGUACUCUGGAAACGCUACAACCAACCAUCAACAACUGAAUAAUGAAUAUCCCGCCAACAUGAGCUACUAAUUCCAGUUUAUCCACAAAAACCCAUCUUAAACCCCUUGUAAAAAAAAUCUCAAAUUCCUCUGAGAAUGGCGAUUGCAAAUUCUGGAACUUUUGCAGUAUCAGCUUCACCAUUGCACAUCGAUUCACAAUCCAAGGUACGCAGAUUCAUCCCUUCUAAUUGCACUUUAGCUUCAUCUAAUUCUUCUUCAACAUCAGCUGAAGAAACUACACUCGAAGAACCGAAAAACCCUAGAAAGUUUAGUUAUAGCAGGGCAUCUCCUUCUGUGAGAUGGCCCAAUUUGAAACUCACAGAAAUUCACCAAUCCGCGCAAACCCAUUUGAAUUUAGCAUCUAAUUCACCGACCCAUUUUGCGAAAACGGCCAAUAAUUCGGAGGAUAGUGAGGAAUUUGAGGUUGAGGGCGAUGCAGGUAGUAUGGAUGAUGUGGGUGGUGGUGUUAAUGAUGAGACUUUAGAGGUUUUGGAUAAGCCUAGUAAGAGUAAGGCUAGGAGAAUGACUAAGUUGGCCCUUAAAAGGGCGAAAGAUUGGAGGAUGAGGGUUCAAUAUUUGACUGAUAAGAUAUUAGGGUUAGGGUCUGAUGAGUUUGUGGCUGAUGUGUUGGAUAAGAGAUUGGUGCAAAUGACUCCUACUGAUUAUUGUUUUGUGGUGAAGUGGGUGGGUCAGUCGAGUUGGCAGCGAGCUUUGGAGGUUUUUGAGUGGUUGAAUCUCAGGCAUUGGUACUCUCCUAAUGCUCGAAUGCUGGCCACGAUAUUGGCGGUUCUUGGAAAGGCGAAUCAGGAAGGGCUGGCUGUGGAGAUUUUUAUGAGGGCGGAGUCUUCUGCUGGUAAUACCGUUCAGGUUUACAAUGCAAUGAUGGGGGUUUAUGCGAGGAAUGCUAGAUUCUCAAAGGUUCAAGAAAUGCUGAGUUUGAUGCGAGAGCGUGGCUGUGAGCCAGAUCUUGUGAGCUUUAAUACCUUGAUAAAUGCGCGUUUGAAAUCAGGUCCAUUAGGGCCGAAUUUGGGGAUGGAGCUUUUGAAUGAGGUGAGAAAAUCUGGCAUGAGACCAGAUGCUAUAACUUAUAACACUCUUAUUAGUGCUUGCUCUCGUGAGUCCAAUCUGCAGGAGGCUAUAAAGGUAUAUGGUGAUAUGGAGGCUAAUAAUUGCCAACCUGAUCUAUGGACAUAUAAUGCCAUGAUUUCAGUUUUUGCUAGAUGUGGGUUAGCAAGUAGAGCUGAAAGGAUUCUUAGAGAACUGGAGGCUAAAGGGUUUAUCCCAGAUGCUGUGACAUAUAAUUCACUGUUGUAUGCAUAUGCCAGAGAAGGAAAUAUUGAGAAGGUAGGAGAUAUUUGCGAAGAGAUGUUGAAAAGAGGAUUUGUGAAGGAUGAAAUGACUUACAACACUAUCCUUCACAUGUAUGGUAAGCAGGGAGAACAUGAUACAGCGUUGGAUCUGUAUAGAAACAUGAAAUUGUCUGGACUAGUUCCUGAUGCAGUUACGUACACUGUUUUGAUUGAUUGUCUUGGAAAAGCCAAUAGAAUGACCGAGGCUGCAAAUUUAAUGUCAGAGAUGUUGGAUAGCGGAGUUAAACCCACUUUGCGAACUUUUAGUGCCUUGAUAUGUGGUUAUGGUAAAUCUGGGAAACGAGUGGAGGCUGAAGAAACAUUUAAUUGCAUGCUGAGAUCUGGAAUUAAGCCUGACAAGUUGGCUUACUCUGUUAUGUUGGACAUUCUUUUGAGGUCUGAUGAGACGAGAAAAGCCAUGGCUAUUUACAGUGAUAUGGUUUACCACAAUAUUAUGCCCGAUCACAAACUUUACCUUUCUUUGAUUCAGCUUCUUAAGAAGGAAAACAAAGAUGAGGGUCUUCAAAGAAUUGUCCUAGAUAUGCAGCAAUUAUGUGGUAUGACUCCAGUAGAUAUAUCUUCCAUUCUUGUUCAAGGUGAAUGCUUUGACGAGGCUGGCAGGAUGUUGAGGUUGGCUGUUGCUCAGGGCUAUGAUUUGGACCACAGAAACCUUUUAUCUAUCCUCAGUUCAUUUAGUUCAUCUGGUCGGCACGUGGAAGCAGAAGAUUUGCUUAAAUAUCUGAGGGAUCAUGCUUCUUCAUCUCAGGAGCUCGUUGAAGAGGCUUUGGUGAUCGUGUUUUGCAAGGCUAAUCAACUUGAUGCUGCCCUGGAACAAUACUAUAACAUAAAAGAGUCUGGCUUAUUUUGUGGGAGUUGCAUGAUGUAUGAGUCUCUGAUAAUGUGUUGCAAGGAAUCUGAACUCUUUUCUACUGCAUCUCAGAUAUUCUCUGACAUGAAAUUUUUAGGAGUUGAGCCAUCUUAUAACAUAUACCAGAUUAUGGUGUUCAUAUAUUGUCACAUGUCUUUUCCGGAGACAGCACAAUCGUUGGUUGAUGAAGCAGAAGGAAAAGGCAUGAUAUUUAAGGAUGUUGGCACAUUUGUUAGUCUUAUUGAUGCAUAUGGGAAUAUAAAGGAACUGGAGAAAGGGGAAAGUGUUGUUGCUCGUCUAAGGCAAAGAUCGAAGGUAGUGGACAGGAAGGUCUGGAAUGCAUUGAUACAAGCUUAUGCUGCAUCUGGUGGUUAUGAACAAGCUAGGGCAGCUUUUAAUACAAUGAUGAGAGACGGACCUUCCCCAACCAUAGAUACAAUGAAUUUACUGAUGCAAGCUUUAAUUGUAGAUGGGAGACUAAAUGAGCUAUAUGUGUUGAUUCAAGAACUUCAAGACAUGGGUUUUAAGAUUAGUAAAAGCACCAUCCUUUUAAUGCUUGAAGCAUUCGCAAAAGCUGGAAAUAUCUUUGAAGUAAAGAAAAUAUAUAACGGGAUGAGGGCUGCUGGUUACCUCCCAAACAUGCAUCUCUACAGAAUAAUGAUUUGGUUGCUAUCCCAGGGAAAACGAGUGAGGGAUGUUGAGGCCAUGGUUUCUGAGAUGGAAGAAGCUGGAUUCAAGCCUGAUCUUUCAAUGUGGAAUUCAUUGCUAAAAAUGUACAUUGGCAUUGAGUAUUAUGAAAAGACUGCUGAAGUGUUCAAGAAGAUUCAAGAAGCUGGACUUGUCGCUGAUGAGGACACUUACAAUGCUUUGAUACUGAUGUAUUGCCGAGACCGAAGACCGAAAGAAGGUUUACGCCUGAUGCAUGAAGUGAGAAGGAGGGGCUUGGAUCUGAAGUUGGAUGCUUACAAAAGCUUAAUUGCUGCCUGCAGCAAGCAGCAGCUUUCAGAUAAAGCUGAGGAGCUCUUCAGUGACUUGCAAGAAAAGGGGUUCAAGUUGGAUCGUUCUUUUUAUCAUUUAAUGAUUAAAAUGUAUAGAGAUUCUGGAAGACAUGAUAAAGCUGAAAGGCUACUUGUUAAAAUGAAGGAAGUUGGAAUUGAGCCCACCAUUGCAACAAUGCAUUUACUGAUGAUGUCUUAUGGAACUUCUGGACAACCUAAAGAAGCUGAGAAGGUCCUUGAUAAUCUUAAAUUAUCAGGGUAUAAUCUUAGUACACUGCCUUACAGUUCAGUUAUCGAUGCCUUUCUGAAACAAGGAGAUUAUAAUGCUGGGAUUCAGAAGCUCUUUGAAAUGAAGGAUGAUGGUUUGGACCCUGACCAUAGAAUAUGGAGUUGCUUCAUUUAUGCAGCAAGCUUGUGUCAGAGUUCAGAAGAAGCUAUGGUUCUUUUAACAGCUCUGCAAGAUACUGGUUUUGAUCUCCCAGUAAGGCUGCUGACUGAAAAUUGGGAAUCAUCAGUUAAAAUCUUGGACCAUUGGCUUGAAAGAUUAGAGCCACUUGAAGACAAUGCUGCAUUCAACUUUGUGAAUUCUUUGGAGAACCUUUUGUGGGCAUUUGAACUCCGGGCUACAGCUUCAUUGCUUUUCCAACUGGCAGUAAAGAGGAGAAUUUACCAAAAUCAUGUGUUCAGAGUGGCUGAAAAAGAAUGGGGAGCUGAUUUCAGAAAAUUGUCUGCUGGUGCUGCUCUUGUGGGUCUUACAUUAUGGCUUGACCUCAUGCAGGAUGCGUCACUGGAGGGUUCACCAGAAUCACCAAAAUCGGUUGUUCUAAUAACAGGGACAGCAGAAUACAACAUGGUCUCGUUAAACAGCACAUUAAAGGCAUACCUUUGGGAGAUGGGAUCACCUUUUUUGCCUUGUAGGACAAGGAGCGGAGUUCUAAUUGCCAAGGCUCAUUCCCUCAGAAUGUGGCUAAAAGACUCCCCAUUUUGCUUUGACCUUGAGCUGAAAAAUGCUCACGCACUUCCACAAUCAAACUCAAUGCAGCUUAUGGAAGGAUGCUUUAUGAGACGUGGUCUUGUUCCUGCUUUCAGGGACAUUGCUGGAAGACUCGGAGUAGUGCGACCAAAAAAAUUUGCAAGAUUAGCAUUGUUGUCAGAUGAGAAAAGAGAAAAAGCUAUCCAGGCUGACAUUGAUGGUAGCAAAGAUAAGCUAGACAAGAUGAAGAGUAAAGGUGGUGUUAUUAUGAAGAGGAAACUGGGGCACCAGAAAAAUAAGUUUAUCAGGAAAACAAUGUCAUCAAACACCAAAGAGAUGCUUCCUCGGUAAAUGUUGCUUCAAAAUAAGUGAUCGGUUAUAUCUGUCUGGAAUGAUGAGAUAUCGUUACCCGUUCUUCAAGGGUAAAGCUUAUGCUUUUUGCAUGCCUAUAUUGGGGGACUUUGGGAACUGCGGCAAAAAGAAGGUUUUCAUAGCCAUUUCAGCCUAUUCAAAGGCAUAGUGGUUCCUACAUUUUUGCACAGCACCUUCUGCAAUUAUAUGCAAGAAUACUAUAAAAAGCCAAAGGACUGUUUUUCAUGCCAGAGAAGCUGCUAAUUUUUCAGGUGUGACGUUUAUGAUGCUUCAGAAUCUAUUGAACAAAAGAACUCGACACGUCCAUGUCAGGCAAAUGGCAGCUUGAGUAACAGAGAAUAUAUUUGAACUUUCUUUUCUUGGAAACCAGAAGAAGAUUGAUGUUUUGUGGAAAGGAUGGAGACUGGAGAUGAAUUGCAUUUUCACUCACUUAAAAAGUGAUUGAUGGCGUCAACGUAAUGUUGGAUCCUAGAGUUCUACGUACACUCACGAGAUAAGUGAUGAGGUGAUAAUUUAUUUCAAGUGCUGGAAAAUGCUCGACUGCAGAAAAUAAAUUGUGCUAGUUUAGACGAAGUAACGAUGGAGUUUGGGGGAUAUAUUUUCCCUGCUUAUAUCAUGUAAAAGCAGCCCGGAAGAGUCAGUCUCUUGGAAGAACAGUUCAAAUUUGAGAGGCAAGUGAAGUGCGGCAAAGAGGUGAAGUGCGGCAAAGAAGUCAGUCAGUAUGUUAGGAAAAGGUCGCGACAGCAAUUACAGCAUGAGUUAGUUAUGUGGACAAAAGUAGGUUAUUCUGUGUUCAUUGGAUCACUUGUAUGCAGAGUACUGUAACAUUUUUGGUGCCAAAAAUGGGGUGAAUUAUCAAAUGGCUUAUUGAUUGAGUAAUGAUCAUGAUCCUUAGUUUUUUGCCCUG